GAGACCCAAACAAAACAAUAUUUGAGAACCAAAACAAUAUUUGGCGAUCUUAAAUCUGGGUGCGGAUCUCGGAGAAAUGGAUGAUAGUGACAGAGAUUCGUUGGCGAAGAGACCCGGUGUACUCGUUAUCGGAUCCUCCGGCGUCGGCAAACGAACCCUUUUAUCUCUUCGAAACUGAGCCGAACCGGGUUUUAGCGUAGUGGGCCUUCGAGCUGACGGGUUUUCCCUGGAACUGGUGGCUUAUUGGCUCGGGAUUACUAUCUAUAGAUUUUGAAGAUGAUUUGGACUCGUCCUCAGACAUUCUUGCUUACAGGUGGACAAUUAACACAAAGUAUUACACAGCCGAUGUCUCCAUGUGGAUGGCUCAUUUAUUUAACGAAUUUUCAAUCACCGGGACACCAAUGCUUAAUCAAGUAGCCGCCCUAGUGAUGGUUUUCGACCUGAAUAACAUGUCUUCGUUUUCCGAACUUAAGAAAUGGGUUUCCUGCAACGAUAUCCAGAACUUCGACAUCUUGUUAUGCAUUGGGAACAAAGCGGAUCUUGUUCCGGGUCAUUCAGCCCAUAUCGAAUACCGAAGACAUCUACUAAAUCUCGAUGAGUCAUCGGAAUGUGGUAUUUCCGAAACCGAAGGAAGUAGUUUACUUGGAGACGAAGAGUCUUCAACGGAUGUUAAGCGGUCUUGUAUGGAAUGGUGCUUGGAGCAUAACAUAGAAUAUAUCGAAGCUUGCGCAUCAAACCCUCGAUUUGACAAAUGUUUGUCGGUUGAUGGUGAUUCACAAGGUGUUGAACGACUUCUCGGGGCUCUAUCUGCUCAUAUGUGGCCUGGAAUGGUGUUGAAAUCCGGUGAUACUAUAAAUCAACCUACGUUACCUGAACAAGAAGAUUCAUCGGAUGAAGAACAGAAUUACGAAUUCGAGUACGAAGUCUUAUCAGCUGGAUCUGUAGAACCAUGGGACGAUACAGACGUAUCAUGGGUUUCCGCAACCAACGACAAUACAGGACCAGAUCUCAAUAACAAAAGACCAGUUAACAUAGAUACACAGCCAUCAACAUCACAAUCACAAGAAGAAAUCGAAACCGAAAGAGAAAAGGAAACACCCGAAGCACAUGAAGAAGCCGACGAAGGUGAUACGCAUUUCGAACUCGAGGAUAUGGAACAGUUAUUGUCUGAGAUCGGAAGUAUGCGCGACAGUUUGAGGUUGAUGCCUGAUUUCCAAAGACGGGAAAUGGCUGCGAAUUUUGCCAUGAAAAUGGCGUCAAUGUUUGGAGGGAGUAGCGGUGAUGAAGAAGAACAAGAAGAAUAGAUUAGUAAAUGUUUCCGGUGAUUAGUUAAGCAGAUUUAUUACAAAAACAUUGCCGUUAUGCGCCUCUUGCGUUAAUUUGUUUCUGAUUAUGUUCAAUGGCCUUUAAAGACGCUGCAAAGCUUUCAGCUCCCUUAAUGUUGUGUAAAAUGCACCUGCUUCCCUUUGAGAAUUGAAACUGUAAAUUGUUUAAAUGUCUAAUGUAGAAUAAUAUGAAUAGAUAUAAGUGUAUGAAGCGGUACCUCAUGGGUUAUGUUUGUACGUACACCUUUAAGGGCUGAGGCGGUAAAAAAACGUGUGCCUCAUGGGGUUGUGUGUUUUUGAUGUUUUAGACGUUUAGUGUCAAUUUUUUUAUAAGA